ACACACAGGCGCACUCGCCACCCCUCCCUCUCAUAAACUACAAGUGUUUGAUAUUUCUCCACAGACUCCUUUUCUCUCUCUUUCGUGCGCCUGCUUCCGAGAAAUUCUUUGCGCACAUUUUUUUUCCAAAGUAAGCGGAGCGAUGGAAGGACUUAUAUUCUUGUUCUUGACCGCUGUGGUCAUUAGCUCCUUAGGGAGUGACCUUCGCGUAGCUGCAUACGACCUGGGGGAACCAUACACGCCGGCAGAAUGGGAAAAACACGCGGAAGAAACACUGAACGAUAUUCUGAAUCGAGUCCCUGUAAAACAAAGAGCCAAGAACAUCAUUUUAUUUAUCGGCGACGGCAUGGGGUUGCCAACGAUAGCAGCUGCUCGAAUCCUCAAGGGCCAGUUGAAAGGAAAAUAUGAAAUCCCUUUGGCUUUUGAAAAAUUCCCAUACACAGCCUUAAGCAAGACCCAUUCGGCAGACCGUCAAGUUGCUGAUUCCGCUUCAACUGCAACUGCCUAUUUAGGGGGCGUUAAAACCAAUUUCGGGAUGUCGGGAAUGGCUGCCCCUUAUCCGUUUGGAAAAUGUGGCAACGACAGUGAAUACGAAAAGAACAAAGUGGAUUCCAUUCUGACGUUGGCACACAAAGCUGGUAAAUCGACAGGUAUUGUGUCGACAUGCCGACUUACGCAUGCGUCUCCUUCGGCAUGUUAUGCUCACACAGCAGACAGAGACUGGGAGUCAGACGCCGACAUGGUCGGUGUGAAAGGGGGAUGUUCCGAUAUUGCCAAACAACUUAUCGAUGACAAUAAAUAUAUACAGGUGAUGAUGGGCGGUGGAAGGUAUAAAUUCUUGCCACGCGAUUACAUGGAUCCAGAAAAAAAAGAGACCAUCACUUCUGGACGCUUGGACAAACGGAAUUUACCUGAGGAAUGGGAGAAAGAAAAAAAAGACAAAAACUUGAAAUACAAAUAUGUCUGGAAUAAGGGUCAGUUUGAUGCAAUCGAUCCCAAAGAAACAGAUUAUGUACUCGGUCUGUUUGAACCAAGCCACAUGCAAUUUGAUCUGGAUCGUGACACGUCAGCAGCUGGUGAACCUUCUCUGGCCGAAAUGGUCGAGAAAGCCAUUAAAAUUCUCAAGAAAAACAAGAACGGAUUUUUCUUAUUUGUUGAAGGCGGCAAAAUUGACUCAGCUCACCACGAUACUCUGGCAAAGAAAGCUUUAUACGAAGCGCUGGGUCUUGAUAAAGCUGUGGAAACAGCUUUGAAACUGGUUGAUUUGAAGGAGACCUUAGUUAUAGCCACGGCUGACCAUUCCAUCUCGUUUCAAACCUUAGGAUAUGGAACCCGAAAUAACUCCAUUUUAGGUUUGGUCGACAGAAUAGCCUGGGGAGGUGCAAGUGAUAAUAUGCCAUACGCCAGUUUGGUCUAUUCUUCUGGCCCCAACCAUCCAGCUGGGCGUAAAAAUUUGACCAAUGUUGCAAUAGAUGCUGACAACUAUUUACCCCAGGUCGGUGUACCUUUGAACUACAGUAGCCACACAGGGGAAGAUGUGGCUAUUUAUAGUAUCGGACCAUGGGCACACCUCUUUCAAGGCUCCAUGGAGCAAACAAACAUCCAUCAUUUUAUGGCCUACGCUGCUUGCCUCGGCAAUUAUGACUAUGCAGCAAAGGCAGAAAAUUGCAAAGGUGUAAACGCAGCCACUUCCCUGCUCCCCAAUCAACUUAUUUUUUGGGUGGCACUAAUUUCUCUUUUUAAUUUGUUUGUCACCUUUGAUUGGCUUGGAUGAAUUCACCGAAGCCAUUCACAUCGUCAGUGUCAAUCUAUACAAUUGCAUAACGUAUAUUUGGAUGAGUGAAAGGAUGUGAGAGUGUCUAAGUGUAUAUGUAUACGCCCGUAUGUAUGUGUGUGUGUGUAAUAUUCACACGUUUUGUACUCUCUAUCUAUCUAUCUAUCUUUCUAUCUAUCUUAUUCCUUUAUUGCCCACAAGAAGCUAAACGUA